CUGUUGAGAGACGCCGCGCCAUGUUACAAUGUAACACUCAGCACUGCUGUUGCUUCAGCUACUGGUACAAUGUAACAGAACCGUGAACGGAGACGCGAGCUGAGAAAGUCACCGAUCCCGAUGUGUCGAUCAAAGGAGUGGGGAAUGCGUUAUUAUUUCCCCGAGAAAUCUCUUCAGUAGCCCUAGUGGUCCACUCACUGGAUUGUUAGGUGUCGUCGCUUAUUGGUUUUACAGAAUUGGGUUUAUGUUGGAUUAUUUGAACCCGGAGGCCCCGUUGAGUUGACUGUGUGUGCUGGGCUGGGCUGGAGUGGGUCGGUAUGGGGUUGCUGCUGGUCUGAGCAGGGGUCUCCGCUACUUCGCCUUGGGUAUCUUUCGAAAUAAGAUUCACUUAUAAAACUGGACACCCCUGGAGCAGUUUAUGACGACCCUGGUUGGACCGUAAUGACCGCACGCUUCCGGUUGCCCGCAGGCAGAUCCUACAAUGUCCGGGCGACGGAGCUGGCACGCGACAGGCAGCGUACCGAAGUGGUCUGCAACGUUCUUCUUUUGGACAACACUGUCCAGCCUUUUAAAGUCAAUAAGCACGAUCAAGGACAGAUCCUUCUGGACGCUGUCUUUAAGCACCUGGAACUGACCGAGAGAGACUAUUUUGGGUUACACCUGGCCGAUGAUUCCUCUGACAGCCCGAGGUGGCUGGAUCCAAAUAAACCCACAAGGAAGCAAUUAAAAAGGGGCUCCCCGCAUCACUUGAACUUCCGGGUGAAAUUUUAUGUGAGUGACCCCAACAAACUUCAGGAAGAAUACACACGGUACCUGUAUUUUCUGCAGAUUAAGCAGGACAUACUCAGUGGAAGACUGCCCUGUCCGCACAAUACUGCCGCACUUCUGGCAUCGUACGCUGUUCAGUCUGAGGUGGGCGAUUACAGUGAAGCAGAGAAUUCGCCGGGAUACCUUUUGGAAUGUUGCUUCAUCCCCAACCAGCCGCAGGGUUUCGAAAAAGACGUCACCAAACAUCACCAGCAACACAGUGGUCUUACACCAGCACAGUCUGAAUUCAACUACCUGAACACUGCACGGACGCUGGACCUCUAUGGAGUGGAGCUGCACUAUGCAAGGGAUCAAAGCAACACAGAGAUUUUCAUAGGGUUGAUCUCAACUGGCAUAGCCAUCUACAAGAACAGGGUACGAAUCAACUACUUUCCAUGGUUGAUGAUUGUGAAAAUAUCUUUUAAAUGCAAACAGUUCUUCAUCCAGCUGAGAAAAGAGGCGAAUGACACGAGAGAUACUAUGCUGGGUUUUAACAUGAUGAACUACAGAGCCUGUAAGAACCUCUGGAAGGCCUGUGUUGAACAUCAUACCUUUUUUCGGCUCGACCAUCCUGUUCCCCCGCAGAAGAACUUCUUCUCCCACUACUUCGGUUUAGGCUCCAAAUUCCAUUACUGCGGGAGGACGGAAGCACAAUCUGUUCAGUACGGGAAAGAAAAGGGAGUUAAAGACAGAGUGUUUGCAAGGUCUCCCAGCAAGCCUCUGGGCAGGACGUUGAUGGGUCUGACAGACUGGGAAGCAGUGAGCAGGACCUCACUGUCUGAAGAAAGGCUGGAGACCCGCAGUUUACCCACCCGCUCACCCCCUGGGACGCCCAACCAUAGAAACUGCUUGUUUGUACAAGAGUGUCCCCGGCUCCGGCCUUCCUCCAUGGGUCACCUGGUGGAUCAUGUCAUCCAUGCCUCACCCAGCCUCCCAGUGUUUUCCAAUCACAAAUCGGCCUUGUCUACACAAGCCAACAGUAUCAGUCUAGAGUCUACCCCGUCUCCAGAAGGUGUUGAAGGCCCGCCACCCGCCCUCCCUCCCAAACAGUCCCGGAAGAACCUGAGCCAACUUAUACUGUCCCACUCACAACAGGACUUAGACAACCACAUCAACGAAAUGUAUGAUGUCCCCAUAGCAACAGACAAGACUACGCCCAAUGGAGUCGUUCCUCAUGACAAUCUUGUCCUGAUCAAGAUGAAACCAGAUGAGAAUGGAAGAUUUGGGUUUAAUGUGAAGGGUGGCUCUGAUCAAAAGAUGCCCAUUAUUGUGUCUCGGGUAGCACCUGGAACAUCGGCUGAUUUGUGUGUGCCUCGUCUAAAUGAGGGCGAUCAGAUCGUUCUGAUCAACGGUAGAGAUAUUUCAGAGCACACGCAUGAUCAGGUGGUCAUGUUUAUUAAGGCCAGCUGUGAGAGCCACUCAGUGGAGCUCAUGCUGUUGGUGCGGCCCAAUGCUAUCUAUGAUGUUGUCGAGGAGAAAAUGGAGUCUGAGCCUGAUUUUCAGUACAUCCCCGAGAAAUCUCCCACAGAUGCCUCUCAGCUGGACCAGGAUGCUUGGAAGGAGUCUAUGCUGCAGCUGAAAGAGGGUCUUAACAGUGGUACUUUACUGGCCCAUUUUGAUCAACUUUACCGGAAAAGGCCCGGAAUGACAAUGUCCUGUGCCAAAUUACCUCAGAAUAUUUCCAAAAACCGCUACAGAGACAUCUCACCCUAUGAUGCAACCCGAGUCAUCCUUAAUGGCACAGAUGACUAUAUCAAUGCAAAUUACAUCAAUAUGGAAAUCCCUGCCUCCAGUCUCAUAAACCGCUAUAUAGCCUGUCAGGGGCCGCUGCCCAACACGUGCCCUGAUUUCUGGCAGAUGACGUGGGAGCAGGGAUCCUCGAUGGUGGUCAUGCUCACCACUCAAGUUGAGCGAGGACGUGUGAAGUGCCAUCAGUACUGGCCAAACCCCUCAGGUAGUGCUACAUACGGAGACUUUCAGGUUUCCUGCAAAACGGAGGAGGGAAACUUGGCUUUCUUGGUUAGAGAGAUGACUCUUACUCAUAUUGAGAGUGGGGAGGACAGGGAGUUGACCCAGAUCCAAUACCUAGCAUGGCCAGAUCACGGUGUACCAGACGACUCAACAGAUUUCCUGGAUUUUGUGGCUCUGGUUCGGAGUAAACGAGCUGGAAAGGAUGAGCCUGUUGUGGUCCACUGCAGUGCUGGGAUAGGCCGGACAGGAGUUCUCAUCACCAUGGAAACGGCAAUAUGUCUGAUGGAAUGUAGUCAGCCUGUGAAUCCGCUGGACAUCGUGAGAACCAUGAGAGAUCAGAGAGCCAUGAUGAUUCAGACACCUGGCCAGUUCAAGUUUGUGUGCGAGGCCAUACUGAAAGUUUACGAGGAGGGACCGGUGAGACCACUCAAGUCCACGCUGUACGAAUCAAACUAAUGUGAUGCCAGCUUUUCCUAAACAUUAUGCUGAAGUUCACUGACGAGACCUUCUCCAUGCGAUGACAUCACAGAGCACUGGAGAAGUUUCUCGAGUCAGGAACACGGGACAUAAACCAAGCACUGCUGCACUUUAGGCUGAGAAAAAAGACAUUAUGCCAAGCUUUAAUGAGGAGAGAAAAAGGACAAAAAACUAACAAAGGUGAAGUUGGUACUUGCUGGGACUUUGAGUGUUCAGGGUUUUAACAAAUAUAUAUGUUAACAAUGAAUAUAGUGGAGAUUUAUGGUGCCAUAUGUAAGUGUGUAAGGGCAGGCCCGUGAAUGAAUGAGUUUUUAUAUGUGGUCACCUCCAUUAUUUCAGAAACAAAACAAACACAAGACAAUUCACAUCCAGGCCUGUGCUGCAGAUGAACAGUUGUUUUUUAUUUGGGAUAUUUAUUGUUUUAAUCUUAAUGUUGAGCCCUGCCUAUUGAUCAAGACUAACUACUUACAAAUCAAGAUCUGCAUUUCUUACGACAAUGCUAAUGGAUCAUGUUUUCAGCUGGCUUUGUUCUCUUUUUUUAGCAGUGAGUGAAAUUAACUUUUAUUUAUUGUGCUAACUCAUCACUAAGCUAAAAUCAAUGCUGUCAACAGGGAUUUAAAAGCACUUUGUGUGUUUUCAAAGUGCUCUGUGGCUGCAGUAUAUACAGUAGCAUUGAAUCCAGCCUGACUCUGUCAGAAUGCAAAAUAUUUACCAGGCGUUACUUAUCAGUUUGGUCUCAGAUGGUUAAGGAAUAGUUCAUUUACUCACAUUCGGACUUUCUUCAAUGGAACACAAAAGUUUAAAAGGAAUCGCGCAGUUCUCUUCCCUUCAAUGUAAGCAUACAGAACUAAAAAAAGAACAAUUUUAUAAAAAAUAACUAUUAAAGUAGCCCAAAUGAUUUAUUUUAUUCCAUCAAAUCCUCUGAAGCCAUAAGUUUCAUGUGAGGAACAGACUGAAAUUUUAAUUAUUACUGAAAAUGUUUCUCUCUGACAAAAGCUCUCAAAUCUCAUUUUUAUGUCAAGCUUUACAGUAAAUGUAUAUAUUUGGCAGACGCUUUUAUCCAAAGUGCUAUCCACUUUUUAUCCAUAAUUUGAACACAAAGUGGGUGUUUCCACUGCUAGCAUUGCCUGGUUUUCUUCAGGAUAUGAGAAGCAAUAGCAUUUGAUGGUGUUUUGUGUUAAAUUUGCCUUAAUGCAUCCUAACAAGCCAAGUUUGCAUAUAUAAAUGCUCAAAUGAGAUCUACAAGCUUUGGUAGAGAAGACAAUUUUAGUGAGUUGUAAAUUUCAUUCUCUUCCAAAGCUAUCCAGUCAAUAGAGUGGGACAAGUGGGAUAUUUCCUCACACCCUAUGGUAACUUCCUUCCACAGGCUUGAAACCUGAUGUGUCCAUCAUAGUGGCACUCUUAUGCACAUGCAGAACACCCCUCCAUCUAACAUGCCAUUAACAAAUUGACUGUCCUUUGUGUAUGAGUGUGUGUUGAGUUAUUGCUGUAUGUUUCUCCUCUCUUUGUCUGUCAGUAUCUUUUAACAACAUACUGUACUAUACUGAUAAUUGUUUAUACGCGAUAGCCAAAUUCACAUUCAGGUUUCACCUAGGCCUGGCUUAUUGUGUUUAUUCCUUUGAGCCCUACAUUUAUGACAGGACUUGUGUUUAGAAGCAAUCAAAUCCAACACUGCACAGUAAAAUCGCCAGUGUUAAAAAUGUCAAAUUAACACUCACAGUGUAUAUAUAAUCCACACUCUCAAAGUGUGGAUUAUAUAAACAAUGUGAGAGUUAAUUUGACCCUUUUUAACACUGGCGAUUUUGCUGUGGUUUAAAUACAAAAUAACAUUGCCCUCUAAUAUGUUUGCUGAGAUCUUAAACAUAAAAUUAGGGACCCAUUCACAGGUCAUCUCUAGUUGAAUGGUGAGUUGAAUUAGUCCACGCCUAUACUCUUUGUAAGGUACUAUAUAAUUUUACAGGCAAGCAACUGUCAUUUCUUUGUGGUCAUACUUGCUGGAGAAACUAGGUUUUAGGACCAAAUAAUUACCUUUUAUGAUCAUCAUGCAACAUAUCAGUAAAAUAAUAGAUUUUACCAAAAGAUUAUAUUCAGAAACAAAUCAUGCAGUUUGGGAGAAACUAAUCCUUGUGGUGAUAGACAGCACUUUUACAACAUAGACAUACAAGUACAAAGUGGUGUUAACAUUUUCUUUGCUGCAAAUAAAAGGAAGGUCAAGUUGUUCCACUUGCCCAUUUUUAUGAAAAUAUUAUAAAGUGUAAAUACAAUGUUGUAUAUUAAAAAGAAAAUCUUUA